AUGGCAGCACGUGGUCUUUUUGGCUUGGUUUCACUCAUACUGGUAGCUGGAGGCUUACUUCUCGCGCUCUUCAUCCUGCUUGCGGGCGCAAUCAAUGGAAAUCCAGUCAAUACCUUCUAUUUCCUCGAAGCGGACACGGCCAAUAUUCCUGGUGCACCCCCAGUAUCCAGAUGGACUUUCUGGAACAUCUGCGAUGGCUCUGAUGGCACAAACACCUGCAGUGGUACAGGGUUUGGCUCUAUUAGCCCAGCGCGGCCAUUCGACCCUCCUUCAGGACGCAACUUUGGCACCACCCAGAAUGUACCGUCACAGUUCGUUGGCACUAGAUACUACUUCUACUUGUCGAGAUUCAUGUUCGCCUUCGCUCUGAUCGCGCUGUUCUUCGGUGCUUGCGCGCUGUUCACAGGCCUACUAGCUCUAUGCACGCGUCUCGGCUCUUACUUGAGCGGCUUACUUACCACCCUGGCCUUUAUCUUCCAGGCUUUGACAGCUGCGCUCAUGACAGCUGCGUACGUAAAAGGUCGAGACCACUUCCGCCAGAACAACCAAAAUGCGUCGAUCGGGAGAUACGCCUUCGGUUUUGAAUGGGCAGCUUUUGCCUGCUGGUUUCUAGCCACGGUCUUGUUCUGUGUCGGAGGUUCAGCGGCCAAGAAGGACAACUACGGAUCAGGAAAGAGUAGGGGCGGCUUCUUCAAGGGUCGCAGGAGUGCCAGCACUCGCAGUCGAGGCAGCUUCAUCAAAGCGGACAAGGAAUAUUCGUGA